AUGUCUUCUUAUUCUUCUUCUUCUUCGUCAAUUUCUAAGUCAUUCUCCUCAUCUUUUACUAAAUCCAGUGGGUUUUUUGUUGCCAAUGGUAUGUCGUCCACAAAUAAUGAAUCGUGUGGUUCUUCUUCUUCGUCCUACAUGUUCGAGAAAAAGAAUCCGCACACGGAGAACGGACGUCAAAUCGGAAGAUCGUUGUGCGCUUGGCAUUAUACCAAGGAUGAUGUGAGUUAAAUAUAGAAAUUCAUAUUGUCAUUCCGAAAAAAUAAGAACUUGGAAGAGAACCGAAAUGGCCUAGGAAACCAAGAGUACAGUAGACUUCGCAAAAUUUUGGAGUCUAUUUGAAAAAUAAAAUGCGAAAUUUACACGUUGACUAUUUGCCAACCAGUUUGAUGUGCAUGUGUCACGUCAUUUUUAGUCUACUGUACGUGACCGCCAAUUCAAACGGGGGUUCUUUUAUUUUCGGAAUGACAAUAUAUUAUCUGAAAAUAAUGCUGAAAAUUGUUCAGAUAAUGCGAAUCACGGCGAGCCGAAAAGAUGGAAUUUCCUAUCAACAAGAGCUCACAUUACGCCAGAAAUGUUGUCGAUUUUUGCACGAAAUGGUCAAUAAUUUGACGCAAUCCAAAGGAGAUCAGUGAGUUUUUUUUUGUUUUGCUAAAAAACGUGACCUACGUGGAAAAUUUUUUUAUUGAAUAAAUUUUUUUGUUUAUUUUUGAUUUUGAAAAAUUGAGAAAAUGAUUUUUUUGAAAAUGUCAAGAAACCUCAGGGUUCAUUCAAAACUGUGAAAUCUACUGAAAAUGAGCUAUUUUUGACUAAAAUUCAAAAAAAAGCUGAAAAUUGAGCUUUAGGGCAUUUUUCUAGUGAAAAUCGAGCUCUGGUGCAUUUUUUGAGUGAAAAUUGAGCUCUGGAGCAUUUUUUGAGUCAAAAUUGAGCUCUGGGGAAUUUUUCAUUCAAAAAUGGUAGAAAAUACUAAAUUUUAAGCUUCCUACCACUAUUUUUCACAAAAAUCCUAAAUUUUCACCCAAUUUGUUUGCAGUUUGGCUACGGGAGUCGCCGCCGUCAUAAUAAACCGCUUCUACAAAUUCCACUCGUUCAAAAUGUUCGAUUAUCGUGACAUAGCGGCCGCCUGUCUAUUUUUGGCCGGCAAAAACGAGGAUAGCCCCAGAAAGCUCAAAUAUAUUGUGACGUGUUGGUGGAAUCUGAAAUUCCCCCAUACAAAAACGUUCUCUUCGGAAUCGCAAUUUUUGAGCGCCUGUGAUUUGAUUGUGAAUUUGGAGAAUAUUGUGCUGAUGACGAUUUGUAAGUCUGAGUUUUUGGGGGGAAAAUGCUGGUUUUUGACCCAAAAUUUAUGAUUUUCACCCAAAAAUGCCCAAAUUUUCAGCUUUCGAUAUGAAUAUCGAUCUUCCACAUCAUUUGGUUUUGAAGAUUAUGUCGAUUGCGGAAAGAACUAAUAAAUAUCGAGAUAUCACAAGAACUGCCUAUUUUAUGACUACUGAAAUGUGAGUUUUUUGAGCGGGAGUACUGUAGGGGUUCUUGGGACGAAAUUUAAGGUUUUGGCAUUAAAAUGCGUGGAGUUUUGAAUUUUUGAAAAUUCAGAUUUACCGCCUCAAAUCAUACGGGUUACUGUAGGGAAUUUUGCCGCGAAAUUUGAAUUUUUUAAAAAUUUAACAGAAAAUGUGAUUUCUAGUUUUCAAACUAAACUACACUUUUUUCCCGCCAAAAUUGUUGAAAAUUCAAAUUUUUGCAGUUUGAUGGUCACUGAUUGGAGUAUUCGAUAUCCGUGUGCUUUCAUUGCUGCGGCUUGCAUCAAUAUUGCUGCAUAUUUCCAGAAUGUUGAGGUUUGUCUGAAAAUCUGGAAUUUUUCACCUGAAACUCUGAUUUUUCCUGUUCUAGAUGGAUCGAAUCGUGAAUCCAGACAUGCAAAAUCGUUGGUUUCAAAUCGAGGAUCCGGAAAUGUCAUCGCAGGAUUUAAGAGGUUUGAUUCGUCAAAAAUUCCCCUUAGUUUUCGCAAUUAAUUUGUGUAAAAUCUAUAGAAAUGACCAGCGAAUUCUUGGAAAUCUUCCGAAAUCCCGAUAUUCGAUAUGGUUCGUUGAGAAAAUUGGAUGUUCAUAAUAAGAUUGAAAGUGAGUGCUUUUUGGGGGUGAAAAUUGACUUCUGGAGCAUUUUUUAAGUGAAAAUUGAGAUCUGGUGAAUUUUUUGAGUGAAAAUUGAAUUCUGGAGCAUUUUUUGAGUGAAAAUUGAGCUCUGGAGCAUUUUUGAGGUGAAAAUUGACUUCUGGAGCAUUUUUGAGUGAAAAUUGACUUCUGGAGCUUUUUUUGAGUGAAAAUUGAGCUCUGGAGCAUUUUUUGGCUGAAAAUUGACUUCUGGAGCAUUUUUUGAGUGAAAAUUGAGCUCUGGAGCAUUUUUUGAGUGAAAAUUGAGGUUUUAGGUCAUUUUUUCUUCGAAAAUUCUGUCGAAAUUCAAUUUCACCAUGAAAUUCUGAAAUUUCUGAGCCUAAACGAGGAUUUUUAGAGUUCCUAGCUCAAAUUUCAAGAAUUUCAAUUCGAACUUCCUAACCCUUCAAUUUUUUCAGUCAAAAUUUCAAGUCCAUCCGAAAUUCCCGAAAGUCCAGGUCAAUCGACUGAAAAUCUUGGCGAAUGUCCAGCUCCGCCGCCAGCACCAAUUUUGAACCCGAAAAAAAUCGCGAUGGACGAUUACAAGGAGCGAAAUCGCACGAAUUUGUCGAGUUCCGGUGGAAGUUCAUCGAAUUUGGCUGCAAGUUCAGCGAACUCGGGACGUGCCAGCUUUUUACCGGAUAUGAGCAAAGAGUUGGCGAAAAAUCCGCAGAUUAAUGAUUUGUUCCGCGUGAAGAAGGAAUCGCCGAGCUCGUCGUCGCAUAAUGGAGAUGGAGAUCGAAAUGGACAUCAACAUCAUCAUAAGGAGCAUCGGAAAGAGCAUAAACAUCAUAAUUGUAGGUUUUUGACUUGGAAAAUGGGGAAAAUUGGGUCUAGAAGCUUUGAAAACGUCAGAAAAGCCGAAAAAUGGGUCUAGAAGCUCAAAAACCUCCUAAAUUGCUAGAAAACUCUGAAAAUCAUCAAAACUAGUUGAAGAUUGAGAAAAUAAGCAUUGAAAAUAUUAUUUGAAGAUUUUUUUCAAUAUCUGGUUCUCAAAUAUUGAGAAAAUAUCAAAUUAAAGUUCAAAAAUCAUUAAAUAUUAUUUUUUUUUGAUUUUCAACUAGUUCCGAUGAUUCUCAGUGUUUUCUAGCGAUUUAGAUGGUUUUCGAGCUUCUAUGUUGAUUUUUGAGGAUUCUAGGCCUAUUUUCAACGUUUUCAAAGCAUUUUUCAAUGUUUUUGGUCAAUUUUCACCCUAAAACCUUCGCCAAAUAUCCUAUUUUUCCAGCCAAUCACCAUUCUCAUCGAAAUCACACAAAUGGUCAUAAUCAUAACCACAAUUCCUCCUCAAACAAUGGAAUUGGUCAUAAUGAGAAAAGAGCGCAACUUGGAUAUUCCAACGAGUUUGAACCGCAAGAAAAACGCAUCAAAACUGAGCAAAAUGCUGUGUUUUAUAGUGAGUUUUGGGCUAAAAUUUGAGUCUGGAAAUUUGGGAAUUUGGGAAUUUUGAGCUAAAAAUCAGCGUUUUCCUAUCAAAAUUCAGUAGAACCUAGCUGAAAUUAAAUAUUUCCAACUUCAGAAUCCUCAACCACAACAACUUCUUCGGAUUCUUCAUCAACAACAACAAAAACAGUUCAAAUGUCGGCGUAUGCAAUGGCGGCGACUUCGUUGAAAAAUGGAAGUAGUAGUUUGAUGAGAAAAACGCCGAUCGCUGACAAACCACAACAAUCGGCCUAUCAACAAAUGGUGGCGGAAAUGGAGAAAAAGUGAGCGGUUUUGCAUUGAAAUUUGGGAAAAUUUGAGCUGAACAUGUGAAUUUUACUGAAAAUUUUCAAGAAAUCUGAAAUUUUGACCCAAAAUUGUUGAAAAAUGAGAAUUUUUCUGAAAAUAACCAAGAUUUGAAAUAAAUUUGAAUUUUCGGAAAACUCUUGAAAUUUUACUGAAAAUUAUAAAAUUUCUGAUUUUCACUGAAAAAACGCAGAGUGCAAUUACAUUUUCUGAGAAUUCCUUUUUUUUUUGAAAAUUAUCAAAGAAAAUCAGAAUUUUUCAAAAAACCUCGAAUUUUAGCCGAAAUUCUUGAAGUUCUAUUGAAAAUCAUCAAAAAUUAUAAAUUUUCAAAAAAAAAUCUCAAACUUCUCUGAAUUUCUGAAAACUCUUGAAAUUUUACUGAAAAUUAUCAAAAUUCUGAUUUUCACUGAAAAUCCUGAAUUUUUUUUUGAAAAUUAUCAAAAAUGCUAAAUUUUCAGUAUUUUUCACAAAACCCUUGAAAUUUUAUUGAAAAUUAUAAAUUUUCAAAAAAAAAUCCCAAACUUCUUCCAAAAUACCGUGAAACCCCAAAUUUUGCAGUAAAUCUCGUCGAUCAGUCGAUCCAUCUCCACCAACAAUUUCUCCACCAUUUUCAUCACAUCCACCAUUUCCACCAACUUUUCCACCAAUCUCAAACGACGAAAUGGAAGAUGGCGAAGUUUUGUAAGACUUCUCUGGAGAAAAUCCCGAUUUUCUGAGUGAAAAAUCAAUAAUCAAUCUCACCUCUCAUUAUUGGACGUAUGUUCUUUUAAAUUAUUUAUUUUCGUUUUUUUUAUUUUUCGCUAGGUACUAGAAUAUUUUUCCCCCAAUUUUACGGUUUAAGCAAUUUUUCAACAAAAAAAUCUCGUUUUUCUUUGCGAGACCCAAAAAUAUAUCAAUUUGGCUGCAAAUUCGGGUUUUCCCUUCCUCUCCCCACUAUAUUUUUUCUUAUUUUUGUGAUCUCCUUUUUUCUCUAUGAAAAUCCCCCAAAAAAAACUGAAAAACGAGGUAAAAUCCCAAAAAAAAUCGAUGAUUUUGUACAUUUUUGUUUUGUUUUUUGUUUCUAUCAUUUUUUAUUUUUUCUCCCCAUUUUUAUACAUUUUUUUGGCCUGUGUUAAAUAGUUUGUCUCUUUUUUUUUCGUUGUUUUCGCCCCUUUUUUUUGUGUAUUUCUUUUGAUAUUUUUUAUUGAAAAAAUAAUAAAUUUAUAUUUUUGAGUUGUCCGAGAGAAGUACAUGGAAUUUAAAGGAACAUGGAUUUUUCAAAGCUUGUCCGAGAGAACUACACAAAAUAGUGCACUUUCCAGGCGAGACCCAGAAUUUCAUGCGAAAUUUAAAGGAACAUGAAUUUUCAUAAUCUUGUCCUCGAGAACUACACAAAAAAUAAGCUAGAACAAGAUUUUCCAGGCGAGACCCGGAUUUUUGUACUAAAUUUAAAGAAACAUGGAUUUUUCAAAGCUUGUCCGAGAGAACUACACAAAAUUCAAAUUUUAUUGCGAAAAUUUAAAGAAACACGGUUUUUUUAUAAUCUUGUCCGAGAGAACUACACAAAAUUCUCAUUUUUCGCUCAAAACUCAUUUGCUCCGCCCAUUUUUGCGCAAAAAUUGCAUCAUCCUCCUUUUUACUAUAUAAAAAGUGCUUUUCCCUUCUUUUUUCAGAAUGAUGCAAUUUUUGGGAUUUCGUAAGCCAAAAAAACAUUUUAUACUUCAUUUUUAGAAGAAAAAUGUGUGAUUUUUAAAGGCGCAUGCGGUUUUCCCAUGCGCCUUUAAUGAAAGAUCGAACAAUCAUCAUAUUAUUACACAUGUGCACAAUCUUUUGUCAUUUUGCACUUUUAUUUCAUUUUUUUCUAAUCCUUCCUCUCCGCUCAAAACAAAUUCAAUUGAAAACUCACAGAAUGUCUGAAAAAUCACGUAUUUUCUGCUGCUGCCUUUUGCCCCAAUCGAUUUUCUCUGCCCGCUCUCUCCUGCUCACACACUAUUUCUCUCAUGUUGGAGCUCGAGAGAGGAGCAGCAGCCCUUUUUUCUUUUUCUUCUUGUUUUUGAGCAGUUUUCGGGCGGUGUGAAGUUGUUUUUAGAGAGAGUUUUGGCCGGGAAAUCGUUGAUUUUCACGGAGAAACGUGGCAAAUUCAAAUUCCGGUGGGAUUUUGAGAGAAUUUUAAAUCGCCGCGAGAUUUGCCACGUUUUGAUAUCGAAUUUGGCGGGAAAGCUCGCGAUUUCAAAAUUUCCCUAUUUAAAAUGCAAAAUUUUCGAAAAGGUACCACGCGCUCCACCGAAAUAAACACGCAACGCAGACCGCGCCGCGCAACAACACACACAAAAAAGGGAGGGAAUUUGAAUCGUUCUCGUAUUUGUGUGUGUUGUGGCGCGACGCGGUCUGCGUUGCGUGUUUAUUUCGGUGGAGCGCGUGGAGAUUUUCGAUAAUAACACCCAAUCCAAUUUUCCACGCAAAAAAUCGCCACGUCAUGACCCCACGUAAAUUUCCCCAAAUUUUCCGCCGAAAAUCUCAUUUCCUCGUCUUUUCGUUCAUAGUAAGUCCGCAAAAUUUUUAUUAUUUUUUUAUUUUCGAAAAAAAAACAAUUUGAUCUACCCGCGUGCAAAAUAUCCCAUCAUUUUUUUGCAGUCUCGAAGGCUCCGCCUCUUCACUUCUCUUGUUUACACAUUUUCAACAUAACUCUUUGUCGACCAAAUUUUGCGGUCCUAACAUCAUCAAAAUCGAUUUUUUGCAGAACUUAUCGAAAAACUAUGGCUUCCUACUCUCAAUAUUUGAGCAAGGCGCAAGAAGACGAGUUGCGCGCCAUCGCCAACGCCAUCGUUGCACCAGGAAAAGGAAUUUUGGGUGAGUUGUGCCGCGCGUUGCGAGACCAAACAGCAGCAAACUUGUGUUGUGCGCCUUUAAAUGCAGUGAUAUUUUCAUGUGAAAAGCUUGUUUUUCGGGUGGUUUCCUGACCCCGUCAGUUGUUGUUUAGAAUGAUGAAUGAGAGAUAUUGAUAGGCCUUUGGCAGAAGAAAUAAUUUUGAUGACGUGGCACUUGAAAAUAGGAAAGAUGGGCGGUUUGCUAAGGGUCUUGAAGGGAAAUUUGACAAUUAGUGUCGUGUGCCUUUAAAAAUCGAUAAUUUGGGGUUUUGCCACGUUGAAUUCGAACAAAAUCGCGCCGUUUCGAUUUUUUGCAAGCCUGGCACGGUUUUUUUCAAUUUUCAAUCGCGAACGCGUAUUAUCGAAUAUCUCAUCGAUACCACGCGCUCCACCGAAAUGAACACGCAACGCAGACCGCGUCGCGCCACAACGCACACAAAUAAGGGAACGAUUCAAAUUCCCUCCCUUUUUGUGUGUGUUGUGGCGCGACGCGGUCUGCGUUGCGUGUUUAUUUCGGUGGAGCGCGUGGUACCGAUAAGAUUUUCGAUAAUAAGCCAUAGGCUUCUCUGCGUCUCAACCCAAAAAUUCGAAUUUUCAGCCGCCGAUGAAUCGACCGGCUCGAUGGAGAAACGUCUCACCAGCAUCGGACUCGAGAACAACGAGGAGAACCGUCGCAAAUACCGUCAAUUGCUCUUCACCGCCUCCGCCGACCUCAACAAGCACAUUUCCGGUGUCAUCAUGUUCCACGAGACAUUCUACCAAAAAACCGACGACGGAAAACCAUUUGUGCAAUUGUUGCAAGAGCAAAACAUCAUCCCGGGAAUCAAAGUCGACAAGGGUGUUAUUCCAUUGGCUGGAACUAUUGGCGAGGGAACCACUCAAGGAUUGGAUGAUUUGAACGCAAGAUGUGCGCAAUACAAGAAGGUUCGCGCUCUAUUGACAAUUCUCUAAUUAUUGAUUAUAAUAUUUCAGGACGGAGCUCAAUUCGCCAAAUGGCGUUGUGUCCACAAGAUUUCGUCGACCACACCAUCGGUCACUGCUCUCAAAGAAAUUGCUCAAGUUUUGGCUCGCUACGCGUCGAUUUGUCAACAAAAUGGAUUGGUUCCAAUUGUUGAGCCAGAGGUACUUUAUGGGUCUUGCAGCGAAAUUUGAGAAAAUACGAUGUGCGCCUUUAAAAAUCUGAUUUUCUAUGAGUAUUGGAGCGAAAUUAUGACGUGCGCCUUUAAAAAUCUGACUUUCUGUGAGAAAAUGUGGGUCUUGUAGGGAAAUUUGUGGAAAAUACGAUGUGCGCCUUUAAAAAUCUGAUUUUCUAUGAGUUUUGGAGCGAAAAUAUGACAUGCGCCUUUAAAAAUCUCAUUUUUAUUCAGAAAAUGUGGGUCUUGUAGGGAAAUUUGUGAAAAAUACGAUGUGCGCCUUUAAAAACCACUUUUCUGUGAGAAAAUGUGGGUCUUGUAGGGAAAUUUGUGGAAAAUACGAUGUGCGCCUUUAGAAAUCUGAUUUUCUAUGAGUUUUGGAGCGAAAAUCUUUGGUCUUGUAACGAAAUUAUGACGUGCGCCUUUAAAAAUCUAAUUUUUAUUUAGAAAAAGUGGGUCUUGUAGGGAAAACGAUGUGCGCCUUUAAAAAUUUGAAUUUCUCGCAUUUCGAGCGCGGAAGCGCGAGUGUAAACCGCAAGCUUCCGCGAAGCGGCGAAUUAUUAUCGAAAAUCUCAUCGGUACCACGCGCUCCACCGAAAUAAACACGCAACGCAGACCGCGUCGCGCCACAACACACACAAAUAAGGGAACGAUUCAAAUUCCCUCCUUUUUUUAUGUGUUGUGGCGCGACGCGGUCUGCGUUGCGUGUUUAUUUCGGUGGAGCGCGUGGUACCGAUGAGAUUUUCGAUAAUACAUGCAAUGCGUGUGCGUUGCGGUCGCACCCCGUUGUCUGCGUCUCUUCUAACCUUCGUGCUUCUCUCUCGCUCUCCUCAACCCCUCCACAAUUUCCAGAUCUUGCCCGACGGUGAACACGACUUGGCACGCGGCCAAAAAAUCACCGAAACCGUUCUCUCCUACGUCUACCACGCUCUCAACGAGCAUCACGUCUACUUGGAAGGAACACUCUUGAAACCAAACAUGGUGACCGCCGGACAAUCGAACACUGGCGCCAAGCCAACCAACGCCGAAAUUGGAUUGGCCACCGUCACCGCCCUUCAACGCGGAGUUCCAUCCGCUGUGCCAGGAGUCGUCUUCUUGUCUGGCGGACAAUCGGAAGAAGAGGCCACCAAGAAUUUGAAUGCUAUCAAUCAAGUGGGUUUUUUCAGCUGACAUUUGACUGAAAAUGAGCCAUUUUUCAUCAAUUUUGAACAAAAAAUCAAUCUAAAAUUAAUUUCAGGUCCAAGGAAAGAAGCCAUGGGCUCUCACCUUCUCGUAUGGUCGUGCUCUUCAAGCAUCGUGCUUGGCUAAAUGGGCCGGAAAAGACGAGAAUAUUGCUGAUGCCAAGGUGAGCUAUCUAUGAAAAAAUUGGAGCUUUUCCAUUUGUAGGACAUGAAAAUCGCUUAAUUUUAAGCUGGAAAUCAUGAAUUUUGCAAUUUUUCGAAUUUAUUGCAUUUUUUGCAACCUGAAAUUACGAGAAAUUCAAAAAUUUUGAAUUUUAUACAAAAUUUGGAGCUUUUUGAGCUGUAGUUCAUGAAAUCGCUUAAUUUUAAGCUGAAAAUCAUGAAUUUGGCAAAUUUUUGUAUUUAUUGCAUUUUUUGCAACCUGAAAUUACGAGAAAUUCAGAAAUUUUGAAUUUUAUACAAAGUUUGGAGCUUUUCAUGAAAAUCACUUAAUUUUAAUCUGGAAAUCAUAAAUUUGGCAAUUUUUUGUAUUUCGUACAUUUUUUGCAACCUGAAAUUACGAGAAAUUCUGAAAAUGAUGAAGUAAAAUACAAAAUUCAUUAAUUUUUAUGAUUUUUUGUUAAAAAUGGCAGAUUUCCGAAAUUCUGAGUUCUAGAAUCAGGAAAUAUGAGAAUCUCUCACUUUUUAGCUUAUUUUCAUCUUUUUUUGAAUUUCUUGUAAUUUCAGCACACCUGAGGAGACGUGUCCAAAAGGGACACUGUACAAAAAUUUUCAAAGGUCACACUGUACAUUUUUUCACGAAAAAAGUGUAGUUUUCAUUGAUUUUCAGCAGAUUUUGAUGAAAAUUUUGAAAAAUUCAAAAUUUCACGCUGCACAAUUUUUUUUUGCAAAAAAUUUCCACGCUGCACAAAAAUUUUGGGACACUCUCUCGUCAGGUGUGAAUUUCAGGUUGCAAGAAAAUACAAAAAUUGCAAAUUUUGAAUUUUUUGUCUUCCCGCCUCAAAAUGCAUCAAUUUUUAUGAUUUUUUGGGCCAAAAUCCUCAAAUUUGAAUAUUUUCAGGCAGUUUUGUUGCACCGCGCGCAAGUCAACUCAUUGGCCUCUGUCGGAAAAUACACUGGAGACGCGAACGCUGACGCAGCCGCCUCGCAAUCGCUUUUCGUCGCCAACCACGCUUAUUAA